GCGAACAGCUGACGACAAGUUUGUCGCUUAGUUUUUAUGAAAAAUUGUUAAAAUAUGAGCGCCGAUUUACUGCAAUUAAAUGUGGACACGCUGUUCGAGCAGCACAGCGUGCUCGAGAUCGACACGGUGCAGAAGAAAAUCCAAACCGUAGUGGAAAACAAACGCGAAGAGUUGCGCACCAUGGUGGGGGAACGCUACCGGGAUCUGCUUAAAGCUGCCGACACCAUAGCAGCCAUGCAGACCUCUGCCGGCACACUGAUUGAGCAGGUACACUGUGUCCAAGCCAAUUGCCAGAGCUUGAAUGAACAACAGCUGCUUGGCUUCAAAACAACGCCGACUCCGACAGCGACGGAGGCAGCGACCGCUACUGAGGCACUGCUGCAGCAGCGAACAGUGGGCAAGCAAUUGAAUAACUACUACAGCACCAUGGUGCAGAUAAAGCUGCUAAGCAGCUUACCAGAGCUCAUUUGGACGCACAUCGACAAGGAGGAGUUCUAUGCAGCCACCGAGCUGUUUUUAUUCAGUCGCCACAUCAGCACGGGGCUACAGCUGGAUGCCAAGAAUGCCCUGAUGCAGCAGCUGCCCGUGGCACGUAAGCAAUGGGAAAUAUUGCGUCCUUUCCACGUCACCAUCAAACAGUCCGUAAUGGCUGUCCUCGAACGUGAGCAGCUGAGUGCUGAGAUGGCUGUCGAUUGCAUGCAGAGUCUCUUACUUCUGGACAAGUGUGAUCUGGCUCAUGUGCUACAAACCUUUCUGCAGCUGCGUGCCACAGCCUUUGUCAAUUCUCUGCAGAGCCAGCGCAGCGAUGUGGAAAAGGACAAGCCACGGCGGGUCAAGGAGCGCAUUUUGACCAGCCUGAAUAUACUGAACGGCACAAUUGAGCUGCUAGAUAAGUGUUUGCUUGCCAAUGGUUUACUCUUUACGCGCUUGGCAGAGUGCUCGGCGGCCAUUUCGCCUCCGAGCAUUACCCGCAUGGAGAGCAGUGAGCGACAGUUGGCGCAUCUGUUGCCAGACAUCAUAUCUGGUUACAGGCCGCAGUUUGAAACCCCGCAACUGACACCAAAAAAGCUGGCCGAGGCAUUGCGCCAGUGGAUGGCCAAGAUUGACGGCUUGGCGUCCAAGCAGCUGCAGGAGAUCUUUGCCCUGGUUGGCAAUAUGCAGACAAUACAGGACAUCAAGUUGGCAGCGGGAGGAACUGCUAGACACAGCUACAAUGAGUUGGAGGAGCAGUUGAAGUUGCCACAGGCUCAGUUGGACUUUUACAGGAUCAAGUAUAUGCCGUUGAUAAAUGCCCGUGUGCGGGAAAUUGUACGCAGCAGCUGGGCAGCCGCCAUGCAGCAGACCUAUGAACAGGUGGUCACCAUGGUGCAGACAAGCACUGCUCCGGUCCCACUACAGAUCUGGCGCGAACAAAGCGAUGAUUUGCCGUUGAGUUUGGCUGCCGCUCUGAGCGAUCAACCGAAGCGACUGGCCAACCGCACCAAGGGCUAUGACAUGGCAACCAUUGAGCUCUGCGCUCGGUUCGAUGCCCAACUGGCUGCCAUUGUCCAGGAGCUGAACGUAUUGCUUCAAGAGCAGACAACCCGUGCCGAGGACAAAUUGACGUUAAUCAAUUUUCUACGUACAACGGCGGAGCAACAACUCACCGAGUAUCUGGGGCAACUGAAAGCACUACAACUGCAGGAUCGACAGGCACUGUUGCAGGCGCUGCGCAAUACCCUGGCAUUGAUCGAGCUGUGCCCCAACCUGAAGCUGUGCUUCUGCCAGCCCACCAGUUGGCGCCAAUGGGCUGGAAACCUGACAGCCGCCGGCGUUGAGCAUUGGCAGCGAAUGUGCUUGCUGAUCGAAGAGGAGAUGCUUCACAUGUGGCAGAUAAUCAUUGAUGAUGUCCUGACCGCUCACAGCUGUAAGGAUAAGCUACCACAGGCUAUUACCCAUGAUGUUGUAUUGCGGGAUUUUCCGCUCUGGCAGACACAGACUCUGGAACAGCGCGAUGAGGAGCACGAUCAGAACGUGCAGUCCACGAUUCGCAUUCCCAACCAGCCGCGUCUCUCACUGCAAACAUAUUUGCACCAGUUAAUCGAGAGUCUGAACAUCGCAGUUCCCCAGACACUGCCUUCCAAGGUGCUGCAGUCCUUUAACCAGAAACUUCUGACUCAACUCUUGUCCCACUAUGAGGAACUGGCUGCCUCGGAGUGCACAAAGACCAGUCAAAACAUUGCUCUGCAGUUGUACUUUGAUCUGAAGUUUCUGGAACGGGUCUUCGGAGUUAGCCGAGAGGAGCGCUCACUGUACGAGCAUUUUCAUGCUCUGCAGCGCACACUCCGUGACUGCAUCGAUCCCUUUGACUUUGAGCUGUUCGCAGAGCACAUCACCACUCACGUCUCCCGCUCCGCGGCGCGUCUACAUGGCGAGUUGGGAGUCCUAACACCGCCUCCAGUUACUUCACAGGGCAACACGACGGCUCUGUCACAUGAAGCUGAUCCCAAUGUGCUGUGUCUCAGCUCCACAGGCUCCACAUCGCUUUGGUUUCCAUUAUUGCCCAUCGUUAUGCCGCAGACUUCAGCUGGAGUUGGGCACUCCGAACGGAAGUCCCUUGUCGCCGAGCCGGAGAAGCCGACAACGACGACUCCAACGCGUAAGCCAUCAACACGCAAAAAUGAUAGCAACAAAUCGAAGUCGAGUGCCGCCUCGUUCUUUGGCAUGUCCCAGGAGUGGUUCCGAUAAAGAGCAUCAUCACCCAGAGCAGCUCAUCAGCUUAAUGAAGUGGCCAGAGGAGUGCACAAAGCCAUCGCGUUCAGCCGUGUGGAAGACCAGGGAGCCAAUGCAGUAUCAUGUGUAGUCAGUUGUGUAAUCGCACGGGGCAGGGGGAAGUUGUUAAGAUUCCACUUGUUUGUGCAAGUGUAUGUGUGUACAUUAAUUUUACUAAUUAACUGAGCAUUUUAAAUGCUAAAUAUAAAACAUUUUGAAAGAAAAACUUAAAUAAUUGUCAGCCCUGAUCCCAAUUUCACUUUCGUUGCAAUUUUCUUAAGCUGAUGCCAAGUUUGCAUCAAUAAUUUUUGUAAAAUU